GCUGCAGGUGGGAGCGGCUGUGUCCGUGGCCGUUAACGGCUGGUGCGGUGUCCUCGCGCCGAGGCGGGGGAGGGGGCGCGCAGUGAGGCUCGGCAGCGGCCACGGGUGGCUUCUCAGGGUUGGAUGGAUGGAUGGGGAACUUCUUUAACCCGGUUAAGCUACCGCUGAGAUGACACACCAUGCUUGUGCAAUUGUUGUUGGGUUUAUUCCUUAAUUUUAACGGUUCUUUAUUUGAUAACGCUCUGCUAACGUCACACACUUCUUAAAGUUGGGACCGAGGAGCUGUUAUUUGGAGACUGGGUAGAAGGUGGGGUAAGAAAACUUCCAGUGCUAGGACACUGAUUUAAGUCUGUGCGGGGUGGGCAGUGACGCUGGUUACUAAGCUGUCUGCUUUAGGCAUCGCCAGGUCAGGGGCCUCUUUUUCCCUGGCAGUGAGCUAUUUAGAAAAGGCUGUAAUAGGAUGAACUAACAGGAUUUUGGCUGUUUUCAGGGUGAGGUAAAACUGUCUAAUAGACAGAAUGCUUCCACUUGCCUUUUGUCCACGGUGGUUUAUAAAAGUCUAUCGUUAUUCAGUUUCUCAAGAGCUGCGUUUCUGAGGAAUCAAAUGGUAAUUGGGAUCUUUGUUGGCUGUAAUGGUAUAGAAUCAGUUACAAGGUAUGCUGAGCUACUGCUUUUAGAGACAGGAGCUAAAUUAAAAACUUGUGGAACUGUAGCAGCAUAUAGGGAAACUUUCAUAGGUAAUUUUAAUUUUAUUCCCACUCCUUGGAUAAUAAAAUGGUUUACAUUUCCUGAGCUAUCAGCCUAGUGAUAUUUAUGAGGUCUGUGUUUACUGUGGGGAACAGAAGUGUAUUGCACUUACAGUGUGUCUGUUCCACACCUACUGCUUUUUUUGGAUGUUCCUAGUUGCUCUGUACUUUGGGGAGACUAAUAUUUCCAGAUACUUCUGGGCAAGUGGCAGGUGGUAUAAAGACAGAACUGUGUAACUCAAAUUGCGUGGGUGACCUGGACGCUCCUGAGUUAUUUUAUACCAUUAUCAACUUCUUUUGACGGUUGCUUGGUCAAAUAAGAUCUCCUAAGGAUAACAUUCUCUAAUCUCCAAAGAUGUCAGCUGUUUCAGUGCUAGAGGAGGUACUGGUUUCUAUUGAAAAUGAGCUGCAGGCAGUGGAGAUGCAGAUUCAAGAGCUUGUGGAUAAACAGCAGGAACUCAUUCAAAAGAAGAUGAGGGUAAAAAGUCUGAUAAAGCAGUCCUCGGGAGACUCGGAGGCAGGUGGAAGUAAAGACACCGAAACCUCAGCUGAAGCAUGGAACAAAAAAGAUUUUCCAUGGUAUGAGAAGAUAAAAACUGCACUGCAGGGCAAGUUUAAACUCCAGAAGUUUAGGGCCUUGCAACUUGAAACAGUAAAUGCUGCGAUGGCGGGAGAGGAUAUAUUUCUUGUCAUGCCUACAGGUGGUGGAAAGAGCCUUUGCUAUCAGUUACCAGCUGUCUGUUCUGAUGGUUUCACGCUCGUGAUAUGUCCUUUGAUAUCACUUAUGGAAGAUCAGCUCAUGGUUUUGGAACAGCUUGGUAUUUCUGCAACUUUAUUAAAUGCCUCAAGCAGUAAGGAACAUGUGAAAUGGGUUCAUACUGAAAUGCUAAACAGAAAUUCGCAACUGAAGCUCAUUUAUGUGACCCCGGAGAAGAUUGCAAAAAGCAAAAUGUUCAUGUCAAAGCUAGAGAAAGCUUAUCAAGCAGGGUGUCUUGCUCGCAUUGCUGUAGAUGAGGUCCAUUGCUGUAGCCAGUGGGGCCAUGACUUCAGGCCUGACUACAAGUCUCUUGGUAUCUUGAAAAGACAGUUUCCCAAUGUUUCCUUGAUUGGAUUGACAGCAACUGCUACAAAUCAUGUUCUAAAGGAUGCUCAGAAAAUUUUACAUGUUCAAAAGUGUAUUACCUUUACUGCAUCUUUCAACCGGCCCAAUCUUUACUAUGAGGUUCGACAUAAGCCUUCAAAUAAUGAUGAUUUCAUUGAGGACAUAGUUAAGACCAUUAAUGGAAGAUACAAAGGUCUCUCAGGAAUUAUUUACUGUUUUUCUCAGAAGGAUUCUGAGCAAGUUACUGUGAGUUUGCAGAAACUGGGAAUCAAGGCAGGUACUUACCAUGCGAAUAUGGAUGCUAAAUAUAAGACCAAAGUUCAUAAAGGAUGGGCAGCAAAUCAAAUCCAGGUUGUAGUGGCAACUGUUGCUUUUGGCAUGGGAAUUGAUAAAUCUGAUGUGAGGUUUGUAAUUCACCAUUCUAUGAGCAAAUCCAUGGAGAACUACUACCAAGAAAGUGGACGUGCAGGUAGAGAUGACCAAAAAGCUGACUGCAUUUUGUAUUAUGGUUUUGGAGAUAUAUUCAGAAUCAGCUCAAUGGUAGUGAUGGAAAAUGUAGGGCAAGAGAAGCUGUAUGAUAUGGUGUCUUACUGCCAGAAUACAAACAAGUGUCGCCGGGUCCUCAUAGCCCAUCAUUUUGAUGAAGUAUGGGAUUCUGCAAACUGCAACAGAAUGUGUGAUAACUGCUGUAGAGAGAACUCAUGUGAGAAAAUGGAUAUAACAGGAUACUGCAGGGAUCUAAUCAAGAUACUUGAGCAAGCUGAAAAUAUGAGUGAGAAACUCACCCCACUGAAAUUAAUUGAUGCCUGGUCUGGGAAAGGUAUAUCAAAAUUCAGAGUGACUGAAGUUACUCCACCAAAGCACCCACGAGAGGAACUGGAGAGAAUUAUUGCCCAUUUACUGCUGCAGCAGUAUCUGAAGGAAGACUUCAGCUUCACAGCAUUCGCUACAAUAUCCUACCUGAAGAUAGGACCAAGAGCAGGUCUACUGAAAAAUGAGGCACACGUCAUAACUGUAGAAGGGAUAACAAACAAGAAAAGUGUUCACAAGGACAAAACAUCUCAACCUUCAAAUUCGAAAGGAAGCAGAGAAAAUGCUCAGACUAUUUCAAAGACUGUCCAAGAUUCAGUGAUGAAAAAGUCACAUGAAAAUAAACGGCGUAACUGUGGUUCUGACGUAAAAGCAAAGAAGUUUAAGCUUCAGGCAGGCGGAGAUGACCAACCAGUAGUUCUUGAUUGAGUUUCACAGACUACAUUUAGGAUCUAAUCAUGUUUGCUUCUCCAUGGACAAUACAGUGUGUAAGUUCAGUUUGUGUGUUAGUAAUGGGGGUUUUGUGCAUUUUUUUAAUAAAAACCAAACAGGGAAUCAAAUGUCUUUAAAACCCUUGAAUCUAGAAAGAGUCUAGUAGUCAAGGGAAAGAUGCUUCAUAUCAAAAUAACUGGUCUUUAAUAUCUUGCAAUACAGCAAUGACUACAAAAUGUAAACAAUUACCAUGUUGCCUUUUUAACUCUCUUGGAAGUAUACUAUGUAGUAACACUUUUGCAGAAUCACGCAGGCUGGAAGGGACUUCCAGAGAUCAUCUAGUUCAACAUCCUGUGCAAAGCAGGUCCAGUGGGAACAGGGUGCUCAGGGCUGUGUCCAGUUACAUUUUGGCAGUCCCCAAGGAUGGAGAUUCCCCAACCCCACUCGGCACCUGUUCCAGUGCUUGACCACUUUCAUGACCAAAACAAAAGAAAAAAGGACAUUAGAGCUAACUUAUUUGCUGUGUUGCGACUUGUCUAUUGCCUCUUGUCCUACUGCUGUGCUCUUCUGAGAAGUCUGGCCCCAUGGCUGCUAUGCCCUUCUUUUAGGUAGCUGAAGACAACAGCAAGAUCACAACAGUCACUCUCUUCCACUCCACCUGCCAUCCUCACUUCUUUUUUUAAUCUGGAAGAAAUCCAGUUCUCUGCUUCUCCUCUCUGAGCACCUAGGCAGCUUGGUAGCUGUCUGCUAGACUCAGUUAGGUAUAUCAGUAGGUUUCUUUUACGGGGACUUAAAAGAAACUUAACCCAGCACUCUAGCUGUAACCUCACAAGUGCUGAAUACCCAGAAAGAGUCUUUCCCCCAAAUUGCUGUACUUUAGAGAAGAUUUUCAACAGGGUGCUACUUCAGACUUGUAGAGGUUUUUGUGAAAUAUAUGUAUCUAUCCCUUUAAAAUAAGUCUGUUGCUCUUAGAACUGUAUUUCUCUAGCUUGUUAUUCAAAUAGAAAAUUACCACUUCUGUGCUUUUCAGAAGUACCUAGGUUUAUGUUUAAAAACAAGGUAAGUUCUCUUGAUCUCAGCUCUUCCCUUUGUAGAAGUUAUACUUUGUUGGGGAAAUACAGAAAAAGUUUCACUCAAGAAAUAUUUCUCUGCCUUCUUUUUUCCCCUCUUUCCCCUGAUGAAUUGGCUUAUAUUCCAGCUACAGAUCUGUAUUCUAGUUGGAAGAGAAUCUGGUUGCCCUAGGAAAUAUUCUUCUGCUCUAUAAUCAUUAGACCAUGACUGCAGUGAAAGUUGCAUACUUUAAGCUCUAAAUGUGGGCUGCAUUAAGUUUAAUUUUUGGGAGGUUUCUGAAUUCUAGUCCCUUAACUUUGCUACUCCACCUCUCCAUUUCCGCACAUUCCUGUUGUUUGUGGAAAUGGAACAGAGAAGCAACUGUAGGAGAGUAUUGCUGCUUGUCUGUGUCUUAAAGUAGAGUGUCUCUACCAUUUUAAAGAGCAACCUCUUUUGACUCACCUACAAUUCCAUUCACAUCAUGCCUUGGUUCUGUCAGGGUAAGAAAGCCAGUGCUUACUGCUGCGGAUGUUCUUGUAUUCCCUUGUCCCACACAGCUGAGUGGCUGAUGGCAAUUAAAUACCUGUCCGGGUGAAUGCUGAGUGUGUUUCUCUGUAAUAUACAGGUUCAGUGCAAGCUUCGUCAAAACUAUAAUAGUUGAGAGAACAAAGAUGAUCAAGAUCACUCAGGAUUACAAAGUAAGAGUAGAACAGAAAACAGAAGUUUUUAAGAUGUUUCACAAGUAGUGGGAAGUUAAUUGAUAAAUUACAGUAGAAUUUUAAUUGAGGUUUGAAAUGAGAUUGAAACUGACAUAAUUUUUUUGCUAGAAAGGCAGAAAAAUUGUAUUUUGAACAGUCAGGACCUGAGGCUGAACCUGGGAAGACCUUAGUGUACUAGGUACUUAAGGGGUAGUUGAUAAAAAGAAUGCUUGAGCUGUUACCUUGAUGAGUCAGAAAAACAUGAGCUGCCACUGAAAUCCUUUGUUUUGUAACCAACCAGGCCUUUUGCUGCUGCUGAGAACUCUGUGCUUUCAGUUCCACUUGUGCUGCUGGGAGCAAGAAUAGCUGGGUUGAGGGAAGAGGCCUGGAGGGCAGCUCUGCCCACACUGUCAGUUCCUGAGCAGCACCAACUGCUGGGCUUUGGUUUUGUUUAUGCUCAACCACCUUUAAGCAGUGCUUAAUCUCAAAAAUGCAGAGGUCAUGGUUAUACUAUGUAUUAAAAAGAAUCUUUGAACCACAUGGAAGUUACAAAUAGAGUGGUCCUGUCCUUGACCCUCAGGGUUCUGGAUUUCCCCUCUAAUUUCUUCUGAACGAGAAGAUAAUGUAUGUUGAGCCCCAAAUCCCAGGACUGUAAAAUGCUGCUGGGAUAAAUUCAGUAACCAGGAAAGUGCCUUUAUUAACUCCUUGGAGACUGAUCUCAACCUAGACCCAUGUGACCUCCCUCCUCUCACAUGCACUUCAAGAAGUUGCUAGAACACUAUUGACAUCUUAAUAUUUACAUUUGACUACUUGUCUGAAAGGAAUAAUGGAAGGCUCAUUUACACGCAGUAACUCGACUUGAGGAAAGUGAUACUCUUUUCCAAAGACAAGAUCAUCAGCAUCCUGUCUUAAAAACCUCCUGUGCUGAGGACUCUACUGCUAUCAAUAUUCUCUGAAAUUGGUUAAUUAAAAGGCAUCAACAGUGUUUAUUCAUGCAGUCCUACCUUCUGCAUUGUGUAAUUAAGUGGCAUGGUGUCUUUUUCUUCAUGACAGACCCAAGGUGUUCUAUGGACUGAAGAAAAUCUUUAGCUAUAUAAUUUUUCUGUCUCCUAUUUACCUGUAUGUGAAUUAGUAGUAUGUACCUGUUGACUUCCUUUGAACAUCAGUGUUUCCAGAAACAAGUAAAGACCCAACAGCUCCUGCUGACUUCAAGCAUUGCUUAGGCACAGAGGAGGUUGAAUGCUAGAUUGGAUUCAUUUAUUUAUUUAAGACCUUAGCAGCCAGUGAUCAGUAAGGAAAAUUCAAACUCAUUAUAAAACAUGAGUUCUGGUAGGUUUUACUUUGGAUCCAUUCCCCAGAUAGUCAGAUGUAUACCAACUGAAAUAUAAACCAAGCAUAACUAAGAACAUGCUCUUCAUCUUUAUUUUUCCGGUAGAAUCUUGUCAGUGACUAAAGCUUAGUAUUUUACCCAUUGUUAACUGAAACCUUUGCCAAAAAGGGAAUGAAUUCAUUUAAUUAAACAGGUUUUUUCUUAAAAAA